UUGCGUGUGUGCGCGCGUGCCAGAGGAGGGAGAACUCGGCUCUGAAUCCAGCCACGAAUCACAUAGAAUAUGCGCGAAACGCUUCACUGCUGUUCUCUGUAACUCCACAGGGCAGGUUCUGUGUGAUUUGACACGGACUGGUUUGGGAACCUCGGAGUGACAUUGGAGAAGACGCAUUUCUGAAGACCAAGAACCGAGCCUCCGUCUCUAGCUCAUCUACAGUCAGCAUCCGUACAUUCUGGACCUGUUACCACUGGACUGGUACUCCGUGUGGAUACUUCUCCAGACCGCAGAGGAUUUGCGCAAUUUCCAACGGACCAAAUUAUGACUCAUUUUACUUUGCUUGCAUGAGUUUUCCGUCAAUUUGCGUUGCUUUGCUUUUUAAAUUCAAACACAUACUAUCCUGUAUAGUUAAAUAUUAACUUGGACAAGCACCCGUUCAAUAAUGACUUUUUAAUGCCCCUCAUUGCAAAUUAAAUAUUUGAAUGCGUUUUAUGAGAUGCGUAAAAUGGAAAAGACUGCGCGUAAAUUCACGUCGGAUUAACUCCCUCUUCGCAUCCCGCCCGCAUUCCCGUGUAAAUCUAUGGAAGUAGCCGAGUUUGCUUUGAACGUGCUCUAGGCUGGGUGCCGCGAGUGUUUUCUGCGGGACGUAGUGAGGAUGCAGUCGGGGAUGCGGGCGCUAUGUGCCGGCGGAGGCGCGUCUCUCUGCUGCCUGCUCAUGCUGUGGAUGAUCUACACCCACAUCCUGAAAGAAGGUCAGUUGGCUGUAGGCACAUGUGAGAUAGUGAUGUUGAAUAGAGACAGCAGUCAACCCAAGCGCACUAUCGCCAGGCAGACAGCCCGCUGUGCCUGCCGGAGAGGACAGAUCGCUGGCACCACACGGGCCCGACCAGCAUGCGUGGACGCCCGGAUAGUGAAAAGCAAGCAGUGGUGUGAGAUGUCCCCAUGUUCAGAGGGUGAGAUCUGUGGACUACUCUUCAAUCGCUCCGGAUGGACCUGCACCAAAGACGGCGGACGCAUUAAAACCGUCACG